GAAGAGAAAGGAGGUGUGUUGAGUGUUAAAUUGAAAACAGAAAUGGCGGGGUCCAUAAACUGUUAUUAGCACUGUAACUGUGAAACGACGACCAUCUGCUGGAGAUAUAGACGCAAAACAAUGUCGUCGCAAAGCAACAAGGCGCAAGUAUUCAGCGGAAGAACACCAACUGUAGUUAGGCGCACUGUGCCUAGCAACGCCGGGAGUUGUGUUCAACGUUAGCUAGCUACCAGAGGAGUGUCUUUUUCUAUUUGCAUCAGUCUUCGUGUCUAAGACAAUGUUUCACCUGCGCCAUGUACACUGAAACGACUGCACAGUUUCAGCGAGUCUGUGUGCGAGUCGCCAAAUAACGUAGACAAACAACGGGUACCUGCGACACGGCUGUGUGCGGGACAUCCAGUGAAAGCAUGUCAGUCAACGGGAAAGUCAUCCCGCACACCCCGCUGGCCGUAGACUUCUGGCAGGUGCGGAGGUGUCCGGGCACACGGUUGUUCUUCCUGUCGCACAUGCACAGCGACCACACGGUGGGUUUGACCUCCACCUGGAGCAACCGGCCCAUCUACUGCUCCCCGACCACUGCCACCCUGCUCACACUCAAGCUGCAGGUGAAAGAACAGUGGAUCCAUGCAUUAGAGCUGGGUGAGCCUUACCUGUUGCCACUGGAUGACAUCGGCAAGGAGAGGCUGACAGUCACGCUGAUAGACGCCAACCACUGUCCGGGGGCUGUCAUGUUUCUCUUCGAAGGAUACUUUGGCUCUAUACUGUACACUGGUGACUUCAGAUAUACUCCCUCUAUGUUGCGUGAGCCGUGCUUGAGGACCAACACCACUAUAGAUGUCCUGUACCUGGACAACACCAACUGUGACCCCAACCGCACCCUCCCCUCCAGACAGCGAGCCACUCAACAAAUCAAAGAGAUCAUCCGCAGCCACCCCAACCACAUCGUUGUCAUAGGCCUGUACGCACUGGGUAAGGAGUCCCUGCUGUUGGAGCUGGCAAUGGAGUUUAAAACCUGGGUAGAGGUGAGCUUUGAGAGGAUGGAGACUCUCAAAGCCCUGAAGCUGCCUGACGUCUUCACCACAGACGUAAGAGCCGGUCGCAUCCGAGCCGUGGAGCAGUCGGCGAUCUGCUCUGCCGCUUUACACCAGUGGAACCAAGAACAACCCACUCUGGCCAUCCUGCCCACCAGCAGGCCCCUGGUCUCCUUUCACCCCAAUGUCCACGUGGUGCCCUACUCCGACCACUCCUCUUACCAAGAGCUGGAGGAUUUUGUCUCUGCGCUCAAACCUACCUCCCUUGUCCCCAUUGUAGGAAACUAUGUACCUGGAAGCCUCUCAGCUUUAGUGUCCAGCAAAAAGCGCCAUGAAAUCCUGGUGCCUGAGUCAGUCCGACACUACAUGUUGAGACAGCCUGAGAGCCAGCUCAGCUCGUCAGCAUACACCAGCCUGCGCCGCAGACAUUUACGACCUCUUGCUCCCAAAGGGGUGAUAUUCGAGUCUCCUGUAAGGGGAACCAGGCAGUCGUGCGAAGAAGCCUUGGAGGCAGGGUGCCCAGAGCAGGAUGCUUCUGAGGACGACAUGGACACAGAAAGUAGUGAAAAGGGCUCUGAGUGUAUCCUUAUUGACCUGAGCAAGGACCUCCUCCCUAACAAACACAGAAAAUGGGCUGGAGACAUGUGGAGUCUCAACAUCGUCAAGACGGUGUCUGAAGAUAUGGUGAUGGCAGAGUCGGUGCCACUCAGUCAACUCACCCAGAGCAACUUUGCUCCAAUGGAGAUCCUGACAAACCCCAAGCCCGGCUUGAAACCUGUCGGGACCACGACAAGGCCUUUUGAAACCAUCGCCAAAAAUAAUAACAAGACAGCAUCAAAUGAUUACCCUAGUCAGCAUAGCAGCACAUUGUCAGACGGUGAUAGCAUGAGUCAGCACAGUGGUAUUGAUCAGGACGAUGACAUAAUGUCAAAUGACAAUAACGCGAGUCAGCACAAUGGACACGAUCAGAACGUCAGCGUGACAUUAGUGCAGAGCGAUAACGAUUCUUGCUCUUCGUCAGGCUCCUUGACCGAGCUGCGGCACGAGUACAUAGAGGAGCUUGAAAACAGUAUUUUAAAGGACCUUCCCUUCACACAGAUGGACAUUAAGACAUGGGGCCUCCUGCCACAGCGCUUUAUGCAUCAGUUUCCCCUCUGUCCUUUGUAUGAUGCAAAAGAUGAUGACCUCUCCGAUGGAUAAUGUGACCUUACAUUCAAGUGUUUGCCUUGCUUUAGAGGCCUUUUUGUGUUGUGUUAUGUUAAGAUAAGUACUUACGUUCUGCCAUUUUCUCAUUGGUUUCUUCCUUCUUCAUGUAAUCCCUUCUUUGUGCCUCCCAUUUUGAAUGAGUGGUCUUAGAAAAGCAGGCUUGUGAUCAAAAGUUCAGUUUGUCUUUGGACUGGACCUGUGAAGUGAUGAUAACCUUCAUUUAUAAUUUAAAAAUAAUUUCUCUUGUAAUGGAAAAAACGAAUCAGUGACUUAUUGCCGUUAUAUGCAUGCAUGUAUACAUAUAUGAAUACACGCAUAAUUGCGCACCAUGUAGUUACAUUUUCACAAGAUAGACAAGUAAGCUUAUUACUAUUUAUUCUCCUUGAGAACCAGCUGGUCGGUUUUUUGUUCCUUGAGCAGUUGAAACCGAAACUCGGGAGAAUUUGGAGUGCUUUGAGAUUUCAAUGUAAGGAGAAGUUUAUGCUGCAUUGUGAGUUAAAAGCCAAAAUAUUAUUGUGAUAAAAAGCUUAAAAUCAGUCAAGGUUUUGCCAGUUACCAGAUUUGCCUUUUUCGCUAAAACUUUCAUUUUUAUAUUUCCACUGUGUGUGAGACAUUUGAAAUCUUCCAAGUCUGGUGUUGGUUGUUUCCCUCUUUACUGAGAAUAGCAGUAUUAAACAUUAAUAGUGGUUGCUACACUGGUACAUUAUAAUGGAAGAAAAUCCUACUUCCUGUGAUUGUCUUUGUAACUCUUUACCUAUUUGAGGUUUGUGAAGUUUAAGAUAAAGUAUUUUCUCUUCUACAUUAUUUAGCACAUGUGACAGUGUUCUUUUUGUGAUACUGAAGAUAAAACAGUGUGAAACACUCCUCAGCACUUCCAGAAUACUUUUACUAUAACAUUUCUUUAGUAACUAUUCAUAUUAAUAAACAAUCCAAGUAUAACUGUUGGGAAAAAACUAAAUGUCUUAAACAGUGCCACUGUGAAACACAUUAAGACUUAUAUUACAUUCAUGUGUAUUGAAUGUCACUGUUGCUUCUGAUUUUAUUCUUACAACAGCUAAUGUGUGUUUUAUAGUUGGUUUUAUUCCCUUUUUUUGAUCACUUUCGCCAACUCCAGUAAGUAGCUGCUGUUAUAUUUUGUACAUCUUUUAAUUUGAGGUGACAACCAGUGGUGUGCAGCUCAGCUGCUCCCUGUGAGAAUCUAACUUUUCACUCUGGCAAAUGUUACCUGUUGGACUACGUAGCUCUUAUACACUUGUAAAUAUCAUGAGGUUUGGCACUUUGCCUUUUUGUUUUGGAACUUUUUACUGUAUUUUAUUCAAAUGACAACAGACACACGUUCAAAUUGAAUGUUCAUAUUACCUUUUAUUGUUUGUCUUGUUUGAAAUAAGGAAAAAGAAAUCCAAACUUUAAACUGUAAUAUUCAUGUUGCCUAUAGGCUCAUUGCUUGUGAACUGUUUCCUAAAUAAACCUGAUAUUUGCAAAUA